AUGGCUGCUUGUCGCUCAAUUGCCCGCUCUAUCCCCGCUCUCCGCGCGCUUCCCCGCACGCCGACGGUGACCGCUAGAGCUGCAUCUUCAGCCCGAUCUAUUUCUACUGCUUCUCCCCUUUCAAUCGCCUCACGUAGAGUAACCAUGGCUCCCUCAUCACUUUCCGCAACCCGCCGUUUGCAGACCACUGCUCACAAGUUCGCCCCUUCAACGACUUCGGCUAUGUCCACCCCUACCGAAUACCCAACUAGCCACCAAAAGAUCACCAACCCAAUCGACACCGCUAAUUUCAUUGACAACCAAUUUGUGACCUCCAAGGCCUCCACUUGGAUUGACCUCCAUGACCCCGCUACCAACAACCUGGUCACUCGUGUGCCCCAGAGCACAGAUGAGGAGCUGAAGGCUGCCGUGGAGUCGGCCGAGAAGGCCUUCCCCGCCUGGCGCUCAACCAGCAUCAUGGCCCGUCAGCAGAUCCUCUUCAAGUUCACAAGUCUGAUCCGUGAGCACUGGGACCGCCUGGCUGCCUCGAUCACCCUCGAGCAGGGCAAGACCUUUGCUGAUGCCAAGGGUGAUGUUCUCCGUGGUCUGCAGGUUGCCGAGACUGCCUGUGGCAUCACCACCCAGAUGACCGGUGAGGUCUUGGAGGUGGCCAAGGACAUGGAGACCAGAAGCUACCGCGAGCCCCUCGGUGUCGUGGCUGCUAUCUGCCCCUUCAACUUCCCCGCUAUGAUCCCACUUUGGUGUAUCCCCGUUGCAGUGGCAACUGGUAACUGCUUGGUCAUGAAGCCUUCCGAGCGUGACCCCGGUGCUGCGAUGAUUCUCGCAGAACUCGCCGCCGAGGCUGGUUUCCCCCCUGGUGUUCUGAACAUCAUCCACGGCUCUGCUCGUACCGUGGACUUCAUCCUUGAUGAGCCCGCCAUCAAGGCCAUCAGCUUUGUUGGUAGCAACCGUGCCGGCGAGUACAUCUACUCUCGGGGCUCUGCCAACGGCAAGCGUGUGCAGGCCAACUUGGGUGCCAAGAACCACGCCGCUGUGUUGCCCGACGCCAACAAGAACCAGGCUCUCAACGCCAUUGUUGGUGCUGCUUUCGGUGCUGCCGGUCAGCGCUGCAUGGCAUUGAGCACCUGUGUCAUGGUUGCCGAGACAAAGGAGUGGCUGCCCGAGAUUGCUGAGCGUGCUAAGGCUCUAAACGUCAACGGUGGCUUCGAGGAGGGUGCUGACCUUGGUCCUGUCAUCAGCCCCGAGAGCAAGAAGCGCAUUGAGGACCUCAUUGCCAGUGCUGAAGAGGAGGGUGCUACCAUCCUUUUGGACGGCCGUGGUUACAAGCCCGAUGGAUACCCCGAUGGCAACUUUGUCGGCCCUACCAUCAUCACCAAUGUCACUACUGACAUGAAGUGCUACAAGGAGGAGAUUUUCGGACCAGUCCUUGUCUGCCUGAACGCUGAGACCCUUGACGACGCUAUCAGCACAAUUAAUGCCAACGAAUACGGCAACGGCGCUGCCAUCUUCACUCGCUCUGGCUCCACCGCCUCCAAGUUCCAAAAGGAGAUCGAGGCCGGCCAGCUCGGUAUCAAUGUUCCCAUCCCUGUCCCUCUUCCCAUGUUCUCCUUCACUGGUAACAAGAAGAGUAUUGCCGGUGGUGGUGCCAACACCUUCUACGGCAAGCCCGGCUUGCAAUUCUACACUCAACAAAAGACCGUCACCAGCUUGUGGAAGAGUGAAGAUGCCGUGAGCACCAAGGCCAGCGUCGUGAUGCCCACUCACUCUUGA